UAGUAUAUUUCAUCCAUCAAUUGAUUGUAACUAUGAGCCACGUACGCCCCAGUGAUCGGUGUGUCAAGGCACGUCCUCGCUCCCGAUUGCCGAAAUUGUGCUGUGUGGAGUGCUUGUGUGAAGUUUUAAACUUAAUGCCGCGUCACGAGUGUCGCUGCAGUCGCCAAGAUAUCGGUAUGCAGGAAAAGUCGCAGUCCAAGGUGAAGGCCCAAGCCGACAAACGCACGCAUCCAUUGAAGACCCGCUCAAAGAUUCAACCCAGUGUCCUAUCUACCUAUAAGUCCGUUAUCGCUCAUUUGCGAAAACAGAAGCGUGAGGCAAAGAAGGUGCGUGGCAUAAACGGCGGCAAGGGACCGAAACGCGCCACAAAGAAGUAGAUAAUUAUAACCAAUGAGGCAAGGGCAAGGUAUAAUUCAAUGAGAGUAACCAGCAUUUGAAGAACGGUCAAUAAAAAUAUUAAAAUUUACAAAUCCAUUGAUAA